AUGGCAGCCCUCGCCAGCUCGCUGAUCCGCCAGAAGAGGGCGGUGAAGGACGACCAGGCCAGCCGGCCCGUGACCAGCAAGCGCAAACCUGCCCCCAAGAGCAACAAGUCCCUGUGUCAGAAACAGGUCCUGCUGCUCCUCUCCAAAGUGCGUCUGUGUGGAACACGGCGAGCAAGGACUGAGAAACGGCCCGAGCCGGAGCUGAAGGGGAUCGUGACGCAGCUGCACUGCAGACACGGGUUCUACCUGCAGAUCCGCCCUGACGGCACCGUGGAGGGAACCCGCGACGACAGCAGCCCCUUCUCCCAGUGUAAUCUGGUCCCAGUGGGUCUGCGCAUUGUGGCUAUCCAGGGGAUGGAGGCGGGGCUUUACCUGGCCAUGAACAGCGAGGGAUACCUGUACACCUCUGAGCACUUCACAGCGGAGUGUAAGUUUAAGGAGAGUGUGUUUGAGAGUUACUACGUGACGUACUCGUCCCUGCUGUACCGGCAGCAGUCGGGCCGGGGCUGGUACGUCGGGCUGAACCGCGACGGCCAGGUCAUCAAGGGCAACCGCGUGAAGAAGACCAAGCCUGCCGCCCACUUCCUGCCCAAAGUCAUCGAAGUGGCCAUGUACCAGGAGCCUUCGCUGCACGAGCUGGUGGAGCAGAGCCCCCCCAGGAAGACGGGCGACUCACCCCCCCCAUGCGAACCUGACGCCUCGUAG